GUAUAAAACAGUCGUUUGCUUCGAAUAGCUUUAGAUGAAGCUGAUGAAGCUUCGUUGCUCCUGUGGGAGCUGUUGCCAUGGUUACCAUAUGUCGAGCCAGGUCCGCCGACGAUGACGUAACGCCACACACACACACACGCACACACACACACACAGAGACACACACGGGGCGCGCGCGCAUUCCUUAUUGGCUGCUCUGCAAAACCGAUGCAUUAAAAAAUUCUAAUAAUAAUAAUAAUAACAAAAAAAAACGGAUUUGUUCAUCGUUCUAUUGUUUUUAUUUCGCACUGCAUGUAAAUCAUGUUCAUUUCAUGCAGAAUCGAGUGUGUGUGUUGAUUCUAGUGAAGGGUUGAUGCAUUUUCAGCGUUAUUUUUGAAUAAUAAUAAUAAGAAGAAGAAGAAGAAGAAGAAGAAGAGGAAGGAGUGGAGAUGGCUGCAGUUGUGGAGAAGUCAGAUAUGACUAAAGAGCGAGCGAGAUUAGCCCGGGAGAGAAGAGAGGAGAGAGAGAGGACUCAGGCAAGCAGGGAGAAUGAGCUGAGGGAGAAGGAGCAACGCUCCCGUAAACAGUACGAACGUUCGCUGGAGGAGCGAGGGAGGCGUCUGGAGGAGCAGCGGCAGCGAGAGGAGCAUCGUCGAGCUGCUGUGGAGCAGAAGAGGAGGAAGCGUGUUGAGGAGGAGAAGGAGCACCUGGAGACGCUGAUGCGGCGUUCAGACGACCGCGGCCUGCCGUCGGAGCAGAGACACAAACGCUGGACGUGGGGUGGCCCGCCACGAGCCUGCGAGGACGAUCCUAAGAUUGCCCCGCCCUCUCCUGCUGCUUCCUCCAUCGCAGCCAAUAAGCCAGCUUCUCUCCUGCCUGCCAGCCAAUCCAAAGCCGUACCAGACUUCAUGAUUCCCCCAGACUGUCCUGAAGCAGACCUGAUCACUCGUCUUUCCUCCUCUAACUCCUCAGCUGUUUUAGCACAAACAUCAGGAAGAGCCUCGCCCAGCCCCCACAGGUCUCCGUAUAAGUCCUCGUCCAACAAAGCCGAGCGCAAGAAGACAAGCACCACAUCCGGUCCCUCGGAGGAAUCCCGAGGGGUUGCCACGACCCCUAAAACCCCUCAGACAGAGAAACAAACCGGUGUGAUCACAGAUUCCUCAGCAAAGCGACUUGAGUCUCCCAUGACGCCCACCAAGAGCAUGUCUGGCAACAAGAAACCCAGCACACCCAAAAGGUCCAAGUCAUGUAAGAGUCGUAUCCAGUCUCCGUGUUCUCCGGGGCAGUUCCCCAGCUCACCCAUGAGGCACAGAGCUAUGACCCCGGGGGCAGAAAUCUACAAGAGGCUGGACGGAGAGGAGAAAGGAGUCGAGAGUAAAAGCUCCAGCACUUUGGAUAGGAAAACGUCAAGGACUGAAAAGCUUCCCAAAUCUGCAAGCAGAGAACUCGGGCAUAAUGCAGAGUCUCCGGUGACUCCGACUGGAAAAGCUGGAACCACCGACGCCGAGGAGGCUUCCAGACUGCUGGGUGAGAAGCGACGGCUGGCCAGAGAGCAGAAGGAGCAGGAGGAGAAACAGCGACUGGAGGAAGAGAGGCUUAAGGCCGAGGAGCUCCAGAGGAAGCAGGCGGAGGAGCGAGAGCGACAGGAACUGGCGGCUCAACAAGCAGAGAAGGAGCGCCAGAGGCAAGAGGAAGAGCGCAGGAAGAAAGAGGAAGAUGACAAGCGGCAGAAGGAGAGACGCUUGAAAGAUCUCCAGGACCAGCUGGACAGAGAGAGGGAGGAGGCUUUGCAGAGGGUGCAGAGGGAGGCUGAGAGGAAGCAGCAGGAAAGAGAGCAGCUAAAACUGCAGGAAGAGCAAGAGAGACUGCAGAGGAAGAAGCGCAUUGAGGAGAUCAUGAAAAGGACAAGAAAAACUGACACUGAGCCAAAGGAUGAAACGCACAUUGAGUCCAACACCUCCGUGAUCGGAUCAGUCUCCGUCCUGGAGUCUGCAGAUGCUGGCCAGAUUAACGGUCCCUCCAUCAGGUCCUCAGGAAGCUCCAGUUUUUGCGAGUUUAAGAGUGAAUUCCCUUCAUCCAUCACAGUUGGCUCACCUGUCAUCAACCUACAGCCUCUGGAGGCUAAGUGCAGUGCGGCUGACGAUCUGUCGGAUGGCGUCCAGUCCAUGGAUGUCAGUCCGGUGUCUAGAGAUGAGCUGAUGCAGGAAUACUCUCCUGUCAGUGAGAGCUCUGAGAUCCUCACGAGGAACCCAGAGGCACUGGAUCUCCUGCAUCUCACCGGACAGGCUGCGUAUCCUAAAGCCGGAGACUGCAACAAAAACCUGAUCCAGAGCUUCAGCAACGCCGCUGCAGACUCAGCGCUCAUCCAGAGUCUGGGGCCGAGCAUGGAUAAGCUCACAGUCUAGUUCAGCAGGGUAUAGUGACGUCAUGGCUGUGUUGAAGAACGAUUUGGGAUUUGACCUUCGUCUGUCGUGCCUCUGUUACAGCUCUUAAAAGCUCCUCCACGAGAAACCUAUGUGCAUCCUGGGGGAAAAGGAAGGAGCUCUGAAUCAAGUAGUUAUAAUAUGUAGAAUAAUAAUGAUAAUUUAAAAAAAAAAAAGAAGCUUUGCCUUUUCUUCAUAGAUAUACCAUUUCAACAUAUUUCACUGUAGUAAUUGCUGGGGAAAGCAACUGUAUUGCGCCUCUUGCAGCCAUAGUAAUCUUUAUAUCCCUGUGAACACACCGUAGCGUGAGCCUAGUAAACGAGCCUUGUACAGUUUUGCUGUGAGAGCAGAAACGACCAGCAAACUGACUGUGUGUGUGUGUAUAUAUAUAUAUGUGUGUGUGACGUGUCAUGUGUCGGGGUUCAGUCAUGCGAGCGUAAAACUGUUGAACGCUAUAGUACGCUUUGUUUCAUAACCAACAAAAGAAAAGAAAGACUUCGUAAAGAUGGAAACUAUGCAGACCGGGUAAAGUGGAAAUCUGAAACAGCACGUGAGCAAAUAUUACCACAACGCUACAGCUCUACGGGAAACCUCCCGACUUUAAAGCUCUCCGUUAGGCUAAAUACUGUAUGUGUGUGUUAUCUUGUUAAACGGCUCUGUUGCUACCAGUUUUGCAUUUUCAGGAGGUGAGAUCCAGCUUUGCAUGUGAGCGCAGUGGUACAGGUCGGAGUGACAUGUCCGGCACUCGAGUGUACCGAUCCUGAUGAACUAGAAGCGUUGAGGACUAAUAGGAUUAUAGCAUUUCAGUUGAGGAUCUGUUUCACUCUCAUUCUCACGUAAAUUAGUCGCUUCAUGGUGAUAAAUGGUGCAUGAAUCAAAUGCUCUGGAAUUGCAAGAAAAAUACCUGGGAUAUUGAAAUAACAAUAAAAUGAUUGAGCCACA